AUGAGUGAGAGAGAAGAGUUUGAGGUGGAUGGAAAAAAGGGUCCUUUGGAUUGGAGGUUUGUGAGUGCUAACAUUACAAAUUCAUCUAUGGGUUUGGUUUCUAUGGAAAAUUCUAUGAUGGGUUGUUCUCCUUCAUGUUCUAAUUCAAUGGUGAAUUCAUAUAGUCCUAACUUUUUGGACCUUGCUUCCAAUUCUGAAAGCUUUGGUUUUUGUGAUCUUAAUGACCGUAGUAAUGGAAAUGGAAAAGAUGGGUUAAGUUUUGAAAGAGUUGGUUGUGAAAUUGAUGAUGGUAGAACACUAGGAUUUGGAUGGAACCUUGCUGGUUCUGUGAUGGAUAAGGGUUGUGUUUUACCUAAUGGACAUGACAUGUUUCCUCAAAGUUUGUCUCAGUUUCCAACUGAUUCUGAGUUUAUUGAUGCUGCGAGAAUGUCUUGCUUUAGUGCCAGGGGUUUUGGAGAUAUGGUUAACUCGUGUAGGAUUCCUCAAUCCAUGGCUCUACAUGUGUCUCAGUUUGUUGAGCAUACUGGUAGUGAUGGAAGUCCACUCCUGAAUGAUGGAAGAAGUGAUUGUCCUGUGAUGUCUCCAGAUGAAGGGAAGCAAGCACUUGGAGGGUCUUGUAAUGAAGUUGAUAGAGCUGAAUCAGGCAGUGAGGGUGAUGAUGGUGUUGCCGUUGGUAGCCAUGAUGGUUCCCAAAUGUUGGAUUGUACAAGUGGAGAACCUUCUAUUAAAGGUCUAAACCCAAAGAAAAGGAAAAGAAGUAAGCAGGAUGGUGAUAGUGAUAAAGCCAUUGGAACUUCUGAGUUACCAAGAGAAACUGCAAAGGAGAGUAGACAGAAGGGAGAACAGCAACCAACUUCAAAAACCAAAGCUUAUGGGAAGAAUGCCAAACAGGGGUCUCAAGCUUCUGAUUCGCCUAACGAGGGAUACAUACAUGUUAGGGCUCGCCGUGGUCAAGCAACGAAUAGUCAUAGCCUGGCAGAGAGAGUGAGGAGAGAAAAGAUCAGUGAAAGGAUGAAGUUUCUUCAAGAUCUUGUACCUGGAUGUAGCAAGGUCACUGGCAAGGCAUUGAUGCUAGAUGAAAUCAUAAACUAUGUACAGUCUCUUCAACAACAAGUUGAGUUUUUAUCAAUGAAACUCGCAACAGUGAAUCCACACGUGGACUUUAAUAUAGAACGUCUGCUUCCUAAAGAGAUUCCUCAACAUCGACCUGUUCCGUCACCUGCACUGGGGUUUCUCACAGAAAUGCCAAUGACUUUUCCUCCAUUAUUACAUCCAUCUCAACCAGUACUGAUUCGUUCGUCUCUACCUAACAUGGCUAAUUCAUCAGAUAUACUUGGGCCGGCCGUGGAACCACAAUUCACACCCUCGACUGGAGAAUUUAAAGAGCCAGAUCAGGUCAAUCCAUUGCAAGAAGCCAAGCACUGA